GACCGCGAGUUACAAGUACUACAUCAAGAAGCAAGACUUCACCAGCCUCGGGGAAUUAAUAAAACAGGCAGCCGAGUACGAGCAGAUCACAGAAGAAUCCUCACCUCAACAGUGGAAUCACCGACCAGACCGACACCGUCAAACACCGAAAGUUUAUCCAGAAGCAUCACCAGAACCGCGUAAAAUACAUGAAAAAUACGACAAGACCACAUGCUGUUGGAACUGCGGCAAAGCAGGCCACUCACACAAGGAAUGCCGGGGCAGGCAAGUACUGUUCUGUAGCCAAUGCGGAGUCCUCGGGAGACUAACGCGCAACUGCUGCAGAAGAGAAACCAAGUUCGGAGACACGAACAUAACUGCCGAAGAAAACCGACCGGAACAACGAAUUUUCGAAGACGUGAAAAUAGGUAAAAUCACAUACCGAGCGUUAGUUGAUACAGGCUCCACCAGAUCAUACAUCAGUAGAAACAUUUAUGAAGAGAACUCGACAAACGCCGACACAGAAAAAGUCACAGGGAUGCGAGUAACCGUCGCAGAUGGCAGAGUCAUGGACGUGAAACUCAAAAUAGACCCAGAAAUUGAGAUACGGCAGAGAAAAUUAACACACGAACUCUUCGUACUACCAGCUUAUUCACCGCCAAACCUAGUUAUCAUAGGGAUAGACCUCCUAAGAAAGGCAGGAGCCACAAUAGUCUGGAACAAUAAUACCGAAAACACGCCAGAAGAAAUCCAUGAAACUAAACAACAGGAACCGCUAGUCACACAAGAAACAACACCACCGAACAAUAAUAAAAUUACCGGCCCUAGAAAAUCAAAAUCCCGCAAGCAAAAGAAAAAACAUAAACAACAACAUCCACCAAGGUAUCCCGACACAGCGUCUAUACAGGAACGAAAAGAAUGGUUCGACCGAAAAAUGUCUGAAACUCGAAAUUCGCCUCAAAACGACCCAACAUUUAUGAUUAAAAACAACUCACUCCAUAAACGAAUUGUAAAUCCGAGAUACGGGGUCAAGAUCAAUGCACAAUCGCAGUGGAAAUUAUGCGUUCCGACAUUGAAGAGAAGGUCGAUUAUCGAACAACACCUUAAUGAACCGACAACAACAGGCUACGUGACCACGGGAAAAAUCCUAAAAAGCAUUGCCGAAACAUAUUAUUGGCCCGGGAUGUACAAAGAUGUUCUUCAUCACAUGAAAAAGUACAAAGAACGCCUAAAAUCAUUGUCAUCAAACUCGCCGCAACCAAAUUCCACCGAACCGAAGCAAUAAGAUACCUACCGACGACGUCAUCACCCAUCGCCAGAUGUGCCUAGCCGCGGUACUCAUGCGAUGCCGAACGAACCGAUUAUUCCAAACCUACCCUCAAUCAUCAACAUAAUGAAGAUUGAAGACAAAUAGCCGUAAAAAGUUAAAACAUUUGUAUAUUUAUGACCUAGUCAUUCCGUACCGUACCGUAAAAAUUUUAUUAUGUUUAAUUUGUAAUUUAAUUAUAAAUAUACAACUGAAAAACCGCAAUCUAUAUUAAAAAUAUAGAAAUAGGUAAAAAUGUAAACGCAAAUGCACACAUUUUACACCGUCCGUCCGUAGUAUAAUAUGAUAUAAGUAAAUAAUAGACACACAGACAUGUUAAACGUAUAACAUCCACCUUAUUGCAUCAAAGUCGCAAGUAAAAUUUUGCUCAGACUUAGAAUAAAGAUUGUAAAUUUUUGAACGCAGCCCAAUACGUUACUCUGUGAACGUACACAGGUUAGAAUUUUAGUUGUCAAGUCAAUGUCAAGUGUCAAACCGACCGAGUAAAUUUCAGCGCAAGGGCACAUGCCGUGUUUCCGUUUCGAGCGUAACUAGGGUACCCACGUGGUCCUAAUUAUCAGCGCGAUUUCGAGCCUUUUCUGUGCCAAUUUACAGUGUUAAUACUUGUUUGUUGUUGUAAGUGUGGUGGUGGUUAGUGACCCUGAUCCCCCAGAUGAUCAACAGAUGUCUUCCUCACCUGAUAUACUUACGGACUCUUCCCAGGAGACGCGAAAGCGCCCUAGGGAUGAUGAACAAAGUUCAACACCAAAGGGUAAGCGUGUUAUUGUCGACCCCGACUUAGCAUCCGCAAGCAUCCAAACCAUAUUCACGCACCCUAGUCUCGACGCCACCAAGGUGUACGACGACUCUGACCCCGGCCCAUUCAUCGUACAUGUCACCCAGGAAAGCUCGUCGGGAAGUUCAGCUCCAGCUGCUCCAUCCCCGCUUAGGGCUAUCAAGUUCGGUCAAUUUUUGUACAAAAAUAAAAUUUCCGACAUCACAAGGGAUGGUGUCAAAAUGACAGGCCGCAACAGGGUCACUGUAGAAUUUAGGUCUGCGAAGGCAGCCAAUGAAUUUAUCAAGCAUCCUGCCCUGACUGCAAACAAAUUUAAGGCUGUAAUUCCAACCUACCACAUCACCCGGAUGGGUGUUGCUAGGCGAGUACCAGUUGAUCUCUCCAUGGAUGAGUUUGUGGGUUCCUUGGACCUCCCGGCUGGCUGUGGUAUUGUCCUAAAAGCGCGGAGAAUUAGCCGAAAAGUAGUUAACAAUGGAAAUACUUCCUACGUCCCCACUCAGACCAUUGUCAUCACCUUUAGAGGUCAACUUCUCCCAGAGAAAAUUUUCUCCUACCGCGCAGCGGUAGAAAUUGAAAGGUAUACUUACCCGACAAUUCAGUGCCAUGCUUGCUGCAGGUUUGGCCAUAUGAAGGCUAGUUGCCGGUCCAAGCCUCGCUGCUACAAGUGUGCCCAGCCACACUUGGGUGAGACUUGCGAUGCCGACCCUCCCACUUGCAUCUACUGUUCCGGAAGUCAUGCCUCCACUAGUAAAAAUUGUCCUGAGCAAGCCAGACAGAAAUCCAUUAAAGUCAUUAUGUCGCAGGACAGCAUCUCUUUCGCUGAAGCCGAUGCUCGACUUCCUAAGAGCAGAAAAUCAUUCGCUGAAGUUACUGCUUCACAACCUAUUGGCCCACCUGCAAACAAAUCAUACAAAAAGACUGUAUACACACAGCGUAGGCCUAGGUCUCCCCUCAGUCCUGGUUACGACAGACUUGCCCAUCAGGCACUUAUCUCUUCCCCAUCUUCCUCACUCCCUAAUGGAAGUACAAUCUUCUUUCCUUAG